UUAGCUUGAUUGGCAGGGUCACUUAGUGUGUAUUAGAAACCCUCUGAGACAUUUCACCGAAUAGGUGGUGACUACUCUUGGCCCGUGCAAAUCUUCAAACUGAAAAAAGACAUGACAUUCCUAGUACCUUGAGGAACACACUGCAAAUUGCUUGGACUUACAUGCGAAGAACUUCAAUUCUGUAAUUUUGGGGUAAAAAUAUUUCUCCCAACUCUGGAAAUUAAACGAUGAAAUGAAAAAGAUCAAAAGAACCAAUUGACGACAAAAGCUUUCUCUCUCUAACGCGAUGGCGAAGAAGAAGGGAAGGCCAAAGGCAACGAUUGAAUCUGGAAAAGCUCUUGGAGGAAAUCAGAAAUCACCAAACAACACCAAUGUUCCGGAAUUGAAGAAGGAUUCUACAGAUUCUCCGGAAAACAGCUCUUCGAACGGCAUAGAUGGGAACCCUAAUUCAGAGGAGAAGGGAAACCAGGAGAGGGAGAAGCAACCAUUAGACAAUUCGCCGAAAUCAUAUGCGAAAGCGGUGGGGAAACCAGAGCCGAUUGAAUUGGAUCUGAAAUUUAUGCAAUUUGAAGAAGUUAAUGGUACCCAGGUGGCGAAAUUCACAAAGGAAGACAUUGUGGAAGAAUCGAGGUAUUGGGACUCUGGUAUGAUACUCUGUGUAUUGGGUGCAAAUCCCCCAUUAGAUGUUAUUAAAGGUUAUAUAGCACGAAUGUGGAAAAUAUACCCUAUUGAUGAAGUUUAUGCACUAAAAGAAGGGCAGUUCAUUGUGCAGUUCCAAAAAGAGGAGAAUAGAGAUGAGGUGAUUAAGAGGAAAUAUUACUAUUUUGAUAACAAACCUGUCUUAGUGCAAAAAUGGAAACCGGGAAAGAAAGUAGAUAUCACAGAGCUAAAGGACAUACCUAUAUGGAUACAAUUCCCAGAUCUGGAUAUCAAAUAUUGGAGCCUGACAGGGUUAAGCAAGCUGGGCAGCCUUAUUGGAAAGCCUAUAAAGAGGGAUAAGGCCACUGCUACAAGGAUGAAGUUUGCAUACGCAAGAAUUCAAGUGGAAGUAGGGGUGUAUCAAGAUUUCCCUAAGACAGUCACCUACAUAAAUGAAGAAGAAAGGGUAAUAACACAGCAAGUCACCUACGAAUGGUGCCCUUGUAUGUGUUACCACUGUAAGAAGAUUGGACAUGAGCAGGGGAACUGUAGGUUGAAAAAUACCAAACAAACAAAACAAGAUCCAAGGAGAAGGAUAUGGAGGGUCAAGAAGGAUGAAAAUAAUCAAAAACAGAAUGAGGUUAUGGAGGAGAAUAUGGAUGGAAAUAAAGAAGAUGAUAAGAAUCUGGAGAAAGAAGCAGAAGCCACACCAGACCAAGAGGGCUUCUCCUGCCCCACGAUAGUACGGCCAAUGAGACGGGAUCUGGGCAGCGGAGGAAUGUCGCCGCCGCCGCCGCCGCCGCCGCCGUCGAGCCAUGAUUGCCUAUCUUUUCUGAUGGAAUCUGCGAGCGCCUUCGCCUGAGAUGUGAUGGGGUCGAUCGAUUCUGUUAUUUCCAGAAACGAGAAGGGCGCAGAUUCGGCGGAGAGGAAGGAUUCGACCACGUCUUGAACUUGGUAGAUUGCGUCGCGGAUUAGGGUUUCGAGGAUGCCUGCGGUUUCUCUGGCGUGUUUGGGCGGUGGGAAGAUUGUCCCAAUGGAGCUUCGCAGAGAGGAGAGAUGGUGUGGAGGAAGGAUACAAGCUGCUGCGGCUUUUGUUCGUG